AUGGGUCGCCUCGGCACCGCGACGCUCGUGGCCCUCGCGGCCUGCCUCCUCUACUGCGCGGCGUCCGCCGGCGCCGGGCCGACGACUACGGACCUCGGGGCGGUGCGGGCGGUGCCGUGCGACGGGACGCUGGGGCAGUGCGCGGUGGCGAGCGACGAGGAGCAGGAGGUGGGCGGCGGCGACGCGCUCCUGCGGCGGGCGCUGGCUGCGCGGAAGCCGACCAACCGGUACAUCAGCUACGCGGCGCUGCGCGCGGACCAGGUGCCGUGCAACCAGCGCGGCCGCUCCUACUACAGCAACUGCGCGUCGCAGCAGGCCGCCAACCCCUACCGCCGCGGCUGCUCCGCCAUCACCCGUUGCGCACGCAACACCAACUGA